AGGCGGCAAAGCAAAGCGUUCGUCUUGAAAACUCUGCUGUAGAAGGAGGCGCCGAUUCGUCCUGCUCCGAGGGUUUAGGAUAUUCACACCAGAACUUCUCGGUUUCAUCAACACCGUCGAUCAUAUCACGUGCACCAGGUCCAAACCAUCCGAACACUCAUCUGAGCCAUCGAUUCGACUCUACCACCAGGCUGGCCCACGUCUCUUCUUCUCCCUCUCCGUUUCUUUUUUCUGUUCCAGCUUCUCUUCCCAUUAUUUUCAAGUUCAUCAGAGCUCUUCCAUUGGAAACAAAACCCGUUCCGUUCUUUCUUGAUUUUUCUUCGUCUCAUGUUCUGAGAAGGGAAUCUGAAUUUUUCUGUGGCAAUUUUUUCUUGGAAUUUCAGAAAUGCCACUGAUCAAGAACAAGGUCUUUGCUCUUGCGGAGCCCCCGGAGGAUCUGCGGCCCGAGGAGCGCGUUUGGCAAGUCCGUUUCACGAAAGAAAUAUUUCGGAGCUACGAAGAGUACUUGCAACGGGUAAACUUGUAUCGUCAGAGAGUGUGGAAGUGUAAGGUUACAGGAAAGAUCCAUUUAACUUAUGAAGAAGCAUUGGUCUCAGAGCAUCAAGCAAGUGAGAGAAUUCAACAAUUCCCCAAAGAAUUCAUGGAACAUGUGCUGCGUACAGUCCAAUUCAGCACCCUAAACCUACAUGAACUGGUAAAAAUGGUGUAUGAAAAGUUAAAAGACUCUUUUAUAGAAGGCGAAGAGUUGCACGGAAGAAACGGGAAUUCUGUUCGCCCAUGCAAAAUUUUGAAGAUUUUAACCAGUGACGGAGGUUGCUCUUACAGAUUGGGACGGCUUGAUAAAACUGGGAAAGCGGUCAGUACAUCUACUGAGGAUUCCAAGAAUUUGAUGCGGAAGAAACUUCCCUUCGGUAGAGAUCUACUAAAAUUAUUUAUAAGGGAAUCAACUUCUCAGAAUGAUCCAUGGGUGGUCUAUGAUAAAUUGGCAAUGGAGCACGGGAUCUCUACAGAACCACCUGAGGAAUUGAGAGAAAAGAUAGCCAGAAAACUCAAAACGUCUGAGGAGCUUAAAAACAAGAAAGCCGGUGAGAACAAAAGGACAAGGAUGGAAAAUGAUGACUUGGCUAUGGCAAAGAGAACAAAGACAGGACAGUUAAGCCAAGCCACAGAAGCUGUGAAGCUUAAAUACCCCAUUGAUGACUUACUAGUGAAGCCAAGUCCUUCAAACCUCAUUGUGGAAAUACACACUUCGAUUCUUAAUCUGCUUGUUAAUGAUCGUGGAGAGUAUUAUUCUUUUAUCCAAAAAAGGGAGAGGAAAGAAAUGGUCACAUCUAUGAAAUGGGUGGAGUAUUUAUGUGACUUUCUGGAGUUGGAAACAGAACUCAAUUCUGCAGCUCACCUGGCAAAGAUUAAACAUGGGCUCUACUACAUGCUUGGUGUGCAUGCCAAACUGGAAAUUCUUGGUUGGCUAGUUUAUUGGGCUCUUUCAACGGAUGUGAUUAGAGGACGGUUGGAUAAGUACAUCGAUGAACAGCAGGCUCUUGUGGCUACCAAAAGGGAAGAAGAAUUGGAAGAGAAGCGUAAGAAAAGAGAGGAGAAGCAACUGAAAGAAAUGAAAUCCAGCAACGGUGAGAGUCUGCAGGGAAAUAGCGCUUCAGAGAGCUUACAGGCUCUUGAAUCUACACACAGCCAUGGGCAGCUUAAAGAUAGCCUGGAGGACGUCCACAUGGAAGCGCACACAUCAAACAGAACCUACCACUUAGGAGAGAGGGGAAGUAAGCAUGAUGUUUUAGCAUCAAGAAGAGCAAUCAUGAAGCAAAUUUUAGAAGCAAAGGUUGCAAUGGAAAGAGAAAAAGAAACAGUGAGGAUGGUUGAGCUCAGAAAGCAACAGGAUACAAAGAAGGCCAAAGUCAAAGAAGCAAGAGAGAAAAAAGAAAAAGAGCAAAGGCAACAACACUUUGAGCGAGAGAUGGAAAAACGCUUCAUUCGAACUGAUGCUCUAGGAAAGGACAGGGACCACAAUCGGUAUUGGUUUCUCCACCAGGAAGGGAGGGUAUUUAUAGAGAGUGCAGAUCAUAAUCAGUGGGGCUUUUAUGCUUCCAAGGAAGAGCUUGAUGGAUUGAUGGGUUCCCUCAAUCCAAAGGGCGAGAGAGAAUUGGACCUCCACAAGCAACUUCAGAAACACUAUCUUAAAAUAUGUGCUGCGAUGCAGAAGAGAUCGAAGGAAACAAGGGAAACAGCUCAAAGGUCUGAUUCAGACACUGCUGUUUUAAGACGAUCUGUUCGUGUUUCUGUGCUGCCAAAUGAUAAUAAGCAGCCACCAUUCCUCAGACAUGUAAACAAGUGGAUGGGUUAACCUUUAUUGGGGUGCUGGAGGGUACAAGAGCUGUUGUGAUAUUGCCCAACCAAUUUUAUUUGCUGGGACCAGAAUCUAUCUCAUGGACACCACAGCCAUUUCUUCUAGCCUUGGGGCUUGAUUUCUGCCAUGCUAACCUCAUAGAUAUUUUGCUUUCUUGCCUUGUUUUAGUGGGGGCCAUUUUGCGUUUAUAUGAUGCUGCACCAGCUUCCGGUAUUAUUAGAUUUGAUUGAUCAGUAUUGGGGGAAUUGAUCUGUAUUUGUUGGGUGAAUGAUCAAAUGGUAAUCCAUAUAUGUAUGGAAUGUAAUACUGAUGUGGUAUAACCGUACAAGUGAUAACUGACCACUCUUAGGAGUUACAUCUUGGCCACUUGAAAUGUUCCUUA